GUUAAAAUGUCUGAGAGUGGCCACCGCAAAGGCCAAGCAAUCAUUGUACAAUACUCGGACAGCUCGAGUGCAUAUUAUGCAUAUGCGGAAGGUAUCGAGGACGACAUCAUCAUCAGUUCGCGAUAUUGUCCAUCGAACGAAGACCUACUCGGAAAAUGGAUUCAUUUAGCUAUCGACGAUAGAAGUUACGCAUGUGACACCAUACAAGUCAUCGAUGACGUAUUCGAGACCAAAGUCUUCCGAGGACAAGUCGAGGUUAAAAUCAACAUACAAUUUGACGGUCGCACCGCUAGGGGCAUGGGAAUGUUUUACAACGACUAUUUUGGAUACAUUUGCGAUCCGAAUAAUGUAUUGCACAACACAAGGGAUGGUGCCAAUCAUAACAAUGUGUGGGUUGUUCGACGAAACGCGGAAGGGCUGAAUUCACGAUGGAAAGUAUCGUCAGAACAAGAUGAUAUCCAACACAUCUUCCCACGCCCAGAAAACGUCGACAAACUAGAAACUGUUGUUGGUGUCAUCACAACGCACGCGAAACUUGGCGAUUUCUAUCUGGUGUGGUCGCCGAGUAGACCUAGAUCCACCAUUUGCAUAGCUUACAAGUUCUGCCCUUCCAAAUCGAAUCUUCUGGGAACAUGGGCGGAAAUGAGAGUAAAUAGAUCACAGCGAGUUCAACGACCGAUUUCUGUCAUCGAUGCUCUCUACGAGACACGUACGAUUUUUGGCAUGACGGAGUUUCGAAUUGACUUUCAACAAACGAGACGAUUCAAUCCGGAUUAUCACUUAUUCUACCACGAGUAUUUUGGAGGUAUUCUCGACACGCUCUGCAUAAUUGAUGACGUCAAAGAAGGCGGAUGGUAUAAUGGCUGGAUUGUGUAUAGUCAACACUCUGACGCUAGUACAUACUGGAGGCUUGCCAUGAAACAAACAGUUCUAGGACCAUAUAAUUCGCCGUAUUCUUGCCUCUCACCUCUGCAACAGGACAAUAAUUUCAAUGAACCGCGAAAUAUGGAUCCGAACCCACCUUAUAGAACACGUGAUCGCUCGCGUUCAAUGGACAGAUCCACCAGACAUGCCACACGUCGCGUCGACGAAUUCACACAUAAGCGCCGUUCGCCAUCUCCGGAAGUUAUUAAUGUGUACAAGGAACCAUCACGAUCACACGCUAAUGAGCUUUACGAUAGUCAAAAAAAUCAAUAUACGAGCCACGAAGGCCAUUCUACAUCAUCCCCGACUGCCGAAAAUCGACAAUGCCACCGUUCUAGAUCACCAGAGCAGUCGAACUUUCGUCCAUCGCAAACAGUUCCGGGACUGAGUUCUAUGGAGCAGAGGAAAGCACACGAAAACGUUGAUUGGGGUCCACAUAGGACCAAGAAUGUCCCACCAAUUAGAUCGGCAACUGAAACUCCGGAAACCGAUCACCGUCAAGACGAUCAGUCAGUGGCCAGCACAUCUGCCUUAUAUUUGCUCGACUCUCCCGGGCCGGAUCCUUCCCCAAAACUUCAUUUAACCUCCGAAGAAAAGGAAUUGAAAAAGUUGAAGACGAAGCUGUCCCGAAUAUGCAAGCUGUCACUGUCGUUCACUGCAAAUGAUUCCGUUUCAACUCCAAUGCAACUACAUUCUCUCGAAGAAUACGAGGAACUCAUCAAGUUAACUAAUAAAUUUCAAUAAGUCCGCUAGCGAUUUCAACACAGUUUUCAGUCAUUUAGUAUAUAUAUGUGGUACGGUAGAAUACGGUAGUGUCGUGUUUGUAAACUGUGUUGUCCGCAAUAUUCAUUUUUACUUGAUUACGUACAAUCUCACCUGAUCUUUUUCUUUGCAUUCCACUUGAUUUUCUGAUUCAAAUAAAAUGUUCGUU